ACCUUACCAACAUUCCCACGUACCUCUUCGCACCGCCCUGCCCUGCCCUGCCCUGCUACUCCGGCUUUACUGCGUCUGACGAGCAAUAGCGAUGCCUCUCAUUGACGCUGUCACGCCACCGACAGACGACGAGGGCUUGCACUACGUAGUCUACUUUGCGUCUGGCUCUCCUCCCUGGUGUCCAGACUGCGUCGACGCCCUCGCUCCCCUUCGGGCCGUCUUCGGUGCGACAGAAGGCGCUGCACCGAAGGCGUAUGUCGUGCGAGUGGGCGAAAGGCACGAAUGGAAGGGCGUCAAGGACAACAAGUACAGACUUGAGCCGUACAAUGUCGAGGGCGUGCCGACUAUAGUCAAGAUGCAAGGUACAAAGGAGCUCGGCCGGUUAGGAGAGGAGGGGUGCAAGGACGAGGCGGCGCUGAGGAAGCUCGUGGCUGGGUGAAGCCGAGUCUGAGGAGUCCUUCACAAUGUAUGCAGCGGCCAUUCUGCGAAUCUUCCUUGUCUUUCAUAUCAGACGAGGCCUCGAAAGGAACGUUUCUGGCCAACGUCAGUCCCAGCAGUGCUGCUGAAUAGCCUGGUGAUUACAUUGUCAUGAUUGCAAGCAUCGACAUUCCCAG